AUGUUGCUCUCAACGACGUUCGCCCUGGCUGGGUUACUAGUUCUGGAGGCUUCAGCUUCAGUAAGAAUCCGCAAAACCGGCCGGCCGCCCACCGGGUACGAAGUAGACUUCCGGUACGUCAAUGCUACGGCGAAGCGAGUUCUGAUCGGCGGAGGCAUCCAACCCUUCACGGACCAGUUCCAUGCUACGGGCACGUCGUACCGCUUCAAUGGCCGCUACGACCCUCAUGAGUACCAGCCCGGGGACUUUUACGUCAGCAACCCAUCACCACAGCUGCCCGCCGAGCCGGCUUACAAGUGGCCGUACGAGAUGAAGAAAGUCUCAGAUGACGGCGUGUGGACCUACACGGCCCCGUUGCCCAGCGGCAUCUACAGCUUCGCGUACCUGGUCGACUGCAACUACGCGCCAAACUGCACUAUCGACACCGGCCAUCUCGUCAUCGACCCCGACCUGCCGCCGUUCAUGAACGUCCCCGGCGACCAGGUUGCAUCCAGCUUCCAGGUCCCCUUUGACGCCAGAUUCCAGGCCUCCCCUGAGCUGAACACCAACUUUGACUACGCUCUGGACGCACCAAAAAAGCACCGCGGCCGUGUCUUCACCGUCAACUACACCUCACCCGGCUCUCUCCACCCGGCCCCGGACAUCCACGACUUCUCCAUCUACCUCCCAGCCGAGUACGGCAAAGUCCCCGGAAAGAAGUACCCACUCCUGUACCUCUCGCACGGCGCAGGCGGCAACGGCGCCGACUGGGAGAACCUGGGGCGCAUGAGCCACAUCAUGGACAACCUGAUCCGGGAGGGGCACAUCCCCCCAACUGUCGUAGUAACACCCUCCUUCUACAACCUUGACCCCUCCCUGGGCCCGCGCUUCAUCUACGGCAACCGGAGCAACCCAGUCCCCGUGCCGCCCGCAGCCAAGGUGCGCGAGAACUUUGAGCGGUACCUCUUCCCCUGGGUGGAAUCGCACUACGACGUGUGCCAGAAUGCCAGCUGCAGGGCGUUUGCGGGCCUGUCGAUGGGCGGGGUGCUCACGUACGAGAUGUAUGUCAACGCGACGGAGCAGUUUGAGUACUACGGCCUGUUUUCGCCCGCGACGAACCCGCCUUACAUCGAUGCGGCGGCUGUGAGAGAGAAACCGGCGCUGCUAAGCAAGGGGCUGAUGGUUGCCUACGGGCUGUAUGACUUUGUGUUUCCCCAGGCCAGGGACCUGCAGACGGCGCUCGAUGCGGUCGGGUUGAGGUAUAUUAACAGGGUUACGCCGUUUGGGAGCCAUUAUUGGAAUACCUGGCAGGAUGAGCUGUGGUGGUUUGGUGUCAAGGUGCUCUGGAAGCCGCUGCCGUUUGAUGUGCGGACGGGGAGGUGA